GGUUCCUGAGAACAUGGCAAGAGGGAGGAGGAGGCUGGAUGAAGGGAGCACACAGGGUGGAGAGUUUCUGCUGGGCAGAUGUCCUCCUGCUACUGGGAAGAAGAGGCUGCACUAGCGAUCCAGUGAGUGAUCGAGGCUCCCACUACUGCCUCCAGCUCUCUGCUCUCAGGGGCUUGCCCGAGGCAUGAGGGGACACAGCAUGAAGAAGACUAUCUUCCUCCUUAUAGGGACCAGUCUGCUCCUCUUCUUCAUCACCAUCUGGCUGACCAUAGGAGAGUCCCCACGGUACAGGCCCGCCAAUGCGACAAGCAGGACGGGAUUACAAAAGCCAGAAGUGAAGCUCAUAACAAUGAUACAGAACAACUAUACCGCGGCAAAUACAUUAUUCUGCAGAGAUGUGCAAGAUCGAUUUUUAUCAGUCUCGUUGAGGAAAAGAUACUCGGAAGACUACUAUAUCCAAGCCGUUAAUGAAGUGCAAAAUUGUACAUGGUUAAAACAACCAGAAGAAUAUAAGAAAUUUAGAUUAUAUUUGUCCUCAUGCUGCAACGCAGUUAAUAACUUCAUCGUUUCUCAAAACAAUACUUCGCUGGGAAGCAAUAUCACAUACGAAGUGGAAACACGAAAGAACAUUUUAAUUGCAGAAGACAUUUAUAGAAUGUUCCCUAAGACACAGCCCUUUGCAGGAAUCCCCUUCAAGAGAUGUGCUGUGGUUGGAAAUGGUGGUAUGCUCACAAACAGCAGCUGUGGAGCAGAAAUUGACCAGUCAGAUUUUGUAUUCAGAUGUAACCUCCCGCCUAUUUGGGGUAAUGUUACUGCUGAUGUCGGGAAUAAAACAAAUCUUGUAACAGUUAAUCCAAGCAUUAUAGCUCUGAAAUAUGGAAAACUCAAUGAGAUGAAAACAGCCUUUCUAAAGAACCUCAGCAGCUACGGUUAUUCGUUUCUUCUUUUACCGGCAUUUUCCUACAGCAGCAAUACUGCAAUUUCCUUCGAGGUACAUCGUGUUUUAAAGAAAUACCAAGCUAAACAGCGUGCAAUAUUUUUUCACCCCAACUAUCUUAGAAGCCUGGCGCAGUUUUGGAGAGGUCGAGGGGUGAGAGCGUACCGCCUCUCCACAGGGUUCAUGAUCACCAGUGCAGCCAUAGAACUUUGUGAAGAUGUCAAAUUAUACGGAUUUUGGCCUUUCUCCAAGAACCUGGACGGGAAACCGAUUAGUCAUCAUUAUUAUGACAACCAAUUGCCAAAACCGGGGUUUCAUGCCAUGCCGAAAGAGUUUUAUCAAGUCCUUCAACUACAUUACAAAGGGGUUCUCAAACUUCAAGUUGGUGAGUGUGAAAAGAGGUGAGGAGGACAGGCCACCUAUCUGCAUUUUAAACUUUACUCUCGUCAACUUCAACUUUGCCAGUUCUGUCUCCAUGGAACGUUUGUCUGGGGCAAAUCUGAAAGAAUGAAUUGACCUUUAAUUAAUUUUCCUCUUCAGUACUCUGCUACAUCAUCUUUACAUCAAUGCAGUGGAAAUCAUAUGACUUAAUAACUUAAUUGCUGCUGGAAUUGUUAACUGUUUCAUAGCUGUUCAUAUACGGACACAAAUUUAUACCUACCCUAGCAAGAGGAUAUAUAAAUAUAUAUUUUACAGUGCACUUACGAUGCUUGGGAAUUUGGGUAACUUAUGUUUUGUUAUCGUUUAGAUCUCCUACUGUGCUUUUGUGUGUGACACAAAUGUUCUUUGAAUUGCCAACCAAAAUGUUCAUAUAUUGAUCAUUUUACUGUAUGCCUGUGCUUGUUUUCUUUAUAACGAAGAGAACAAACGUGUAGUUUAUUUAAAUAUAAGAAAACUCAGGAACUUUGAAAUUAGAUUUCACUUAAGUAAUGUUUACAAUUUUUUAUGUUAAAAUGAACUGGACAACUUUGAUCACAUGGUUCAAAUGUUUAAAAUAAUAUCUAAAGGGAAAUGAAAUGUACUAAAAAGGGGUCUUAAAAUACCACGUUAAAAAAAGUACCAUGUAAUUAAUUCUUAAUAAGACAGAUGUAUUACUAUUCUCACGAAAAAAACAAAUGUAACGUUUUCAUGUUUGUAAAGAACUUUGGCCUUGAUUUAGUUUGAUGAGCAUCGGGGAAAAAAAAUCAC